AUGCAAUUCAAAAUGCCUUAAAUUUCAUAGUGUCAUCUUUCGUUCUUUUCCCAAAACAAAAAAUCCACGAAUUUAUCUUAUCUGAAUUCUACUACAGACCCACAAACUUAUGAGGAGGCUACAGAAGGAUUACAAUGAUGAACACAACCAUGUUCAAUUCAAUCCAACUCAAAAACCCCUUUCUAAUCGUUUCCAAACAACACUCCUCCCUCACUUUCUCCUUCAAUCCCUUACAUUCCCUAUCUUCUAAACCCUCAUUCUUUCCUAAAAGAGCACUUCGAUGGAGCAUCAGAUCCUUCGCCGCGGAGCACGAAAUCGAUAUGGUGAGGAACAAACAAGGGGUUUACACAGCCAAGUCCAAGAAAGUUGUGGUUUUGUGGGACUUAGACAACAAGCCGCCGAGGGGACCGCCGUACCAGGCGGCGGUUGAACUGAAGAGGGUUGCUCAGAAAUUCGGGGAAGUCGUGCACAUGUCAGCCUACGCCAACCGCCACGCUUUCUCCUACCUUCCCCGAUGGGUUGUUGACCAGCGCCGCGAACGGCGGCGUCUGGAUGUUCUCGAGCGUAAGGGGGAUCUGACCCCGCCGGAGCCAUACGUAUGCUCCGUCUGUGGCCGGAAAUGUAAGACCAAUUUAGACCUGAAGAAGCACUUCAAGCAGCUGCACGAGAGGGAGAGACAGAAGAAGUUGAAUCGGAUGACCUCACUGAAAGGGAAAAAGCGGCAGCGAUACAAGGAAAGGUUUAUCGACGGCAACCACAAGUAUGUUGAGGCUGCUAGGAGCUUGAUAACCCCGAAGGUAGGGUAUGGCCUCGGGUCAGAUCUGAAGCGAGCCGAGGUGUUUGUGAAGACGGUGGCAGAUAAGCCACAGGCGGCGGAUUUAGCAUUGAAACAACAAAUGCAGCAUUCACUGAGCAGAGGGGUUGAUUGGGUCUUCUUGGUUUCGGAUGAUUCUGAUUUUUCUGAGAUGUUGAGGAAGGCUGGGCAGGCGAAUUUGGGGACAGUAGUGGUAGGAGAUUCGGACAGUGCAUUGGGGAGGCAUGCUGAUUUGUGGGUUCCAUGGAUUAGAGUCGAAAAGGGGGAUAUAACUGAGAAUGAUUUAGUGCUAAAAAGAAAGGAGAACUCUUGGGCGUGGAGUAGUAAUCACAAGGUUUCUGUCAGCCAGUUUGAUGGUGGAGAGGAAGAAGUUAGGGAUGGUCCUGUUGAAAGAAGGCAACUUAGUGACUUGCAAAGUUCAGCUUUUUGUGAAACAGAUGAUUUAGAUGUUUGGGAAGAGUGUGAUGAUGACUCAAUAUAUGGUUCUGAUGAUGAUGAUCAUGAAGACUUCAUAUAGUUUCGUCCCUAAGUCAGUGGAACAACUUCUGUGAAAAAGACUAAGCUUUGAUGCAAUUCUAUUGUUAACUGAAAUUGGGUCCAAAAGUGUGAGUGAGUGCACCCCUCUUGCUUGAUCAAGACCCUGGACAAAAUUGUAACAAUAUAUUAGUUCAAAACAAAAAAAAAGUUUUUGGAUGGUCCAUGCUGAUGCUUACUUCUUGGCACGUUGGAGAGACUCCAGGUAGAUGAUUUGUUUCUGUAAAUCUGUAACUAUGAUGGAUCUGUUGUAUCGCCUAUCACUCAAGAAAUCAUCAAUUUAAGUUUGAUUUUGGCUAUCUUUCUCUUUUGGAAAAGACCAUGCAAUGUUUGCAUCAAUAUGAUUGCUCUGCGCACCUCUUAGUUUAAUCACAUGUUGUGCAUGUUUGGUGACCUCCCCCUUUAUAGAAAUUGCUCUAAAUAGGACUAAAACUUAGACAAAAUGCACAAAUAGGACUAUAUGUAUUUUAUUUCCGAAAUAGGACUUAUUUGAUCCUAUUAAAAGUAUAAAACUUCCCCUUUUAGGAGUGGAUAAGUCCUAUUCUAGGAAGAAAACAAUGAUAGUCCAAUAUGUGCACUGUGUUUAUGUUUUAGUCCUAUAUAAGGAAUUUUCUAUUACCUUUAUUACAACAUUCAUGUGUGUAACUUGCCAGUAUGUUUUAUAUUUUCAUGUAUCUGUUACGAAGAGUGAAACUCUGGUCUUGGGCCAACAUGUGUGUGUUUUUGUGGUGAGAAUUAAUAUCAGAAGUGAAGAUUGUGAAGAAGUUGAG